GUGAUGACGUUUUGUGGUAGGUUUCAGCUGUGUUGUCACCAGCUGUUCGCAAAGGAAACAAAGUGACGGGGAAUAAAAUAGCAAUGCAUUUCGUAUGAAACGCAGUACAAAUGACAGAAAAUCUCAGAAGUCGCGCAAGGACUUGAGCAUACAUUGGAAUGAAAGAGAAAUUAAGUUUUGCGUAGUUGACUUUUCAAAUAUAAAAACUGAUUUCACAGUAGUUGCACUUUUAAGUAGUCUAGCGUUAGCUGGAUUGGUACGAAACGACUUUAACGUCUUCAGCGAGGAUCGCAAGUGCUAUCUCAGACACCGGGCGAGAUGAACGUGGGCACGGCGCACAGCGAGGUGAACCCCAACACGCAGGUGAUGAACAGCCGGGGCAUGUGGCUGUCCUACGUCCUGGGCAUCGGCCUGCUGCACAUCGUGCUCCUCAGCAUCCCCUUCGCCAGCGUGCCCGUGGUCUGGACCCUCACCAACCUCAUCCACAACCUGUGCAUGUACCUCUUACUGCACACGGUGAAGGGGACCCCCUUUGAGACCCCGGACCAGGGCAAGGCCCGCCUCCUCACACACUGGGAGCAGAUGGACUACGGCGUGCAGUUCACCGCCUCCCGCAAAUUCCUCACCAUCACUCCCAUUGUCAUGUAUUUCCUCACCAGCUUUUACACCAAGUACGACUGGGUCCACUUUGUGGUCAACACCGUCUCCCUGCUGACCGUGCUCAUUCCCAAACUGCCCCAGCUGCACGGGGUCCGCAUCUUCGGCAUCAACAAGUACUGAGGGGCCGGGGGCGGGCCCUCCCCUCCUGGAACCCCUCGUCUCCAAGGGCAGCCCCUCCCUUUGUGGCCCCUCUCCUUCUCCAUGAGUAGGACCAGGGACGAGGAGGCGGAGGAGGAGGCGGACAUGUCCACCGAUCCCCAGACUCUCAGCCCACCUGACGUGUCUCAACAUAAGGCUGCUUGCUCAGGGGUCGACGUCGCAUAGACACGCCAAGAGGGUUCAGACAAACAGACGAACUUCUGAGUUAUUUCGCAGUAUUUAUUGGCCUUGUUGGCAAAACGCACGUGUAGCAGCGGCUUUGUAGGGGAGGCGGUUUCUGAAAUUGGCUGAAAACCGCUGUGAUAUUUAUGGACGAAUCCCCAUUGCCGUCUUUUGAGUCUGUAGUCAUAGAAUACCACUGGGCUCACCCUAAAUCUACCAGCAGAGGUCACUGUCCAAUUCUUCCAUCACAACUGUUGUCCUUGCCUCCCUCUUGGUGAGCUCCUCUGCUCUCAUUGCUCUGGUGUUUAUUUCCUGUCUUCAACGGCUGAACCAGGAUCAGUUUACUCAUCCGUCAGUCUGAAUGUGACAAAAGUCGGCAAUGAACCUGGGUCAGUCCAAGCACAGUUUGUUUGCAUUUCAGGAAUGUGGGAGGAGCAACGCCUGUCUGCCAAAAGAGCAGCCGUGCAGUCCCCUACAGGAGAUAAUCCCACCCAUGCAGUCCCCUACAGGAGAUAAUCCCACCCAUGCAGUCCCCUACAGGAGAUAAUCCCACACAUGCAGUCCCCUACAGGAGAUAAUCCCACACAUGCAGUCCCCUACAGGAGAUAAUCCCACCCAUGCUGUCCCCUACAGGAGAUAAUCCCACCCAUGCUAUCCCCUACAGGAGAUAAUCCCACUCAUGCAGUCCCAAACAGGAGAUAAUCCCACCCAUAUAGUCCCUUGCAGGAGAUAAUCCCCAAUGCCCUCGCCAUGUCAUCACUCUUGUUUACUUGGUCAAUCUGGAGAAUGUCCAAUCUGCUGUGGCCACUUUAUUAAGCACAGUCCUGCUUUUAUCCUGGAGCAUCUCUGAGUGACUGGAUGGGUAUUCUUUCAUCGGUUUUUUCAACCGGCAGAGGGUCCCCACACAAUGAAGACGGCGCGCCGAGCGUUUGGCCAACGACCCAAUCAGAAUCUUUUUCUCAGCGCCGGCCUACCUCUGCCUCUCUUCCGCUGCUGCCCGCACAACUCGAAACGAUUUGUCACUUUUUUUCCCAUUUCUGUAGGGCUGAUUCCCCUGGUUUCAGCUGUCUGUCUUUCAGCCAGACUGCAAACGCGGCGAAUCCAUCGCCCAAACUUCACGCCGUUGUCUCGACUUGCAAACUUUAAGCUGAGAGCGGAUGGGAGUGCAAGACCUCCCCUCCAGAGCACGACUCACUGGGACUACUGAUUUCCAAUUUUUGUCCGAUUUACGGUUUUUUUUUUCUUUUUGUCAAGUCACUUUGAGAAUAUGGUACGUCACAUGGACUCCACGCACUUAAACUGUCACAGUCACAAGUGCACCCGGGAGAUUUUGACCUACAUGUUAGUGUGUUACAUUGAAAUGAGUGUAUAUUUACAUUAGUACCUGAGGAUAUAGCCAUAGAGACCUCGCAAAAAAAGGACCUGUACGCUAGCCUGUAUCUGGGUGCGGAGUACAUCUGCAGUUUUAGCAUGUUGGCUAAGUGCGCGCUUACCCUGUAGUGGUACUGGUCACUUAGUGUGUCCAGUCAGCUUGGCUUUCUCUGUCGUUAGAAGGCAUUUUAAAAGGGGAACUAAAUGUGCGCUGGGCUGGACAGAAACCAGCAGACGCCCUGGUCUUUUCAGCCAGGCCACGAAUUGUGUAAUAGAGGGAAGGCUUUUACUUAGUUGACAGUUUUACAAUUUUUAAAAACAAUUUCAUAGAACCUUCCAGCUGUUCUUCAAUCUGGGAUUUAUUUUGUGCCGUAUAGUUUUAUUACUGUGGAUUAUUUCAGACCAGCAGGUUUACACCUCUGUCGUUGGAACGGAUGUCCCUGCAGCCUCAGCCGAGUUCCACUGGCCCAGUUUCACUUGUGAAAUCUUGGCUGGGCUGCCCAGUCCGAUCUGCAGCACGAGCGUCCGUCUGUCAGCUCCUCCUGGAUGUCUGGCCGCGGUCUGAAUUCCGCACUGGAGCGCAUUGGGUUUUGUCACUGGGGUGAAAAUGAUGUAAUGCCGUAGCACUGUGUGGCAGUGAGAGUGAGGCCCCGGCGCCGACGGGCCGCUGGGCUCUGAACCGGGCCCCGAACCGGGCCCCGCGGUGUGUCCAGUGAGUCUGGUGCCUGUGCCCGGAGAGGUGGGGGCUCCUCUGCGGGGGAGGAGGGGUGGCUGGCACUAUACUGACAUUCCGGGAUUUUGGCAGUUCAUGUGCUUCAGUAGAUUAAAUGGCGAAAGCAAUGUAACCGUUGCAGCUAACGGGGUCAUUGAUGUGUGUUCUGUUUCGAGCUGGCUAAGUGGAAGACCUGUUGUAGCCAUGGCAGGGGGUAGGCGAUGAUCUUCUGGGCGGUCUCAUGUUGGUGAAGUCUGAUUGGUGCGUUCUGACCUUUUCAAGAAGAACAUCAUCACCUUUUGCAGGACUGGGUAUGCGGUUUCCGCAACUUAACUAAAUAGGAUGUAAAUUGAGAAAUCUCUUUACUUUGUAGGCCUAAAUCUAAGUACAAAAGUCUCUGUGUUCUCUGCGGCAAAUAUUAUUUGUAUUUGUGUUCUUCGUUGUGACUAAAUUAGAAAUGCGUAGGUACGGCAGGUUUGAGUCUUGGCUGUGCCACAUUAACUGUCUGGAAUCAGACCAUUGACUUGGUUACGGUGGCAUGACUUCUGGUCUCAUUACUGGAAAAAGCACUUAAACUCAGGGUCCUGACACCUAACAACGAUACCCGAGGAAGAAAUUAAUUCAUAAAUUAUUGUCUACCUGAUUAUUUAAACAGGUGUUAUUAUAGUAUAAUGUGAAUUAUUCAAAUCCACUUUAUUUUUUAUU